AUGGGACUGAACGAUCCUGAUAGUUGUCAUCGAACAGCUUUGUGGUAUGCCGUUGAUCGUGGGGACAUCAACGAAGUGAUUUUCCUUUUCAAAUGUGGUGGGGAUCCUAGCGUGGCGGAUUAUUUGGGCGUGACAUGCUUGCAAGUCGCUCUCAAAAAAGGAAAGAGCCCGAUGGCAGCCCUUAUGCUGGCGUAUCUAGAUGAUAUGUCUACGUCGCAAAUUAUCCAAAACGGACUACCCCUUGAGCAGCUACUCCUGAGACACUCAAAAAGGCCCAAUAAUAGCGAGAUCAUGGAAAUGCUCUUGGACUUGGAUGCAAAUGUAAAUGCAAAGAAUUCCGAGGGUGGAACACCAUUGAUCCAAGCAACCCGGCGCGAAGACCUAGCAGCUAUUCAAAUGUUACUCAAUCGACGUGACCUUGACCUCCAUAGGCAGGAUCGUAAAGGAUCUAUGGCGCUCCAUAUAGCUGUCCGAAGAAAUCAUCCGCAAAUAGUGGACCUCCUUCUUUCCAGUGUACGACUUGACAUCAAUUGCCAGGACAGCCAAGGCAACACCGCCUUUUGGUGGGCGACAGCUCUGGGCCACAGUGAAAUUAGCGAGAAACUUCUAGAUGACGGCAAUUUAGAUCCAAACAUCCAAGGAAGCAGCCAAUUCAAUCGUCGUUGGCUGACCCCUCCUCUCUACAAAGCGGUCAUGUCAAAUAACGUGCCAUUGGUUUCCCGUAUGCUUACAGCUACCUCAAGAACCCAACUUGAUCCGAACAUUCUCGGUGACCAUCGAUGGAGCUCCGUCGGGGCUGCAGCAUAUCUAGGCUCCCGUGAGAUGGUGAAGGUCCUUCUACGGGCCACUAAUAUUCGGAUCAAUGCGAGCAAAGAAGGCGAAGAUGACCCCUUAUGGCUCGCGAUCCAGAGGCGUUCCACCUCAGUAAUCGAGCGUUUGCUAAAUGAAAGGGAGCGACUGGACAUUAAUUGUCAGAAUAACAAGAGCCGUGACACUUAUCUCCUCGCCGUAGCUCGCAAGGAUGACUUGAGUUUGGUCGACAAAAUACUCGAGUUUGACAAUGUUGACCUCCACGCAACAAAUGCAUAG